UUGGCCAUUCAUCCACCCAUCUCCACUCCAGUCUGUCUGGAUGCAGCAGUGUGUCCGACUUCCAUAACUGUGUCAUGAGCUCUGAAUAGGUGGACCACCGACACUGGAAGAUGAUGUGGAGUGUUGUGAUCCUGCUGGCUGCUGCCCUCAGUGUGGAGUCCUAUAUUGUCCAUGACCUCCACGAGCGUUUGGCCCAUGGUCGCCAGCUGAAGAUCUACCUGCCCAAGAGUGUGGAGAAGCUGGAGUUCAUUCCAGCUGAUGAGCCUGGCAAGGUCUUUGUAUACUGGGAGAAGGGCAGAGUCAGGGUGAACAAAGGUAGGAUAUCAGGUACUGGCAGUGACCGACGCUGGUACAUUGACAAGGUGACUUAUGAGGACCAAGGGACAUACAUCCAGAAGGACUACUGGAAUAAAGAGAUCUCCACUGUCAAAGUGGCCGUCAUACCCAGACAUCACUAUGUGAAGUGUGUAGCAGGAGAGAGUCUCUCCAUCUCACUGGAGGGCAUUGAUCUGGCAGAUGCCAAACUCCUCUUCUCUAAGGAGACUGCCAACAUUACUCUGGUGCGUGACGGUGCUCGGGUGUCCCAGGACCUUCCGGAUUAUUGGGACCGGGUUCAGACCCACUCCAUGAGCAUCGAGAUCAGGAAUGUGAACUUCAGUGAUGAGGGACAUUACACUCUGAAAGACCGCAGGGACCGGAUUGUGUCUGUGACCAGGAUGGACCUGACAGACCAUCAUGAGUACGCAGACGGAAACCCUCUCCUGGCUCUGCUCCUACUGCUGGGAAUCCCAGCAGGGAUCUGCUGCUGCUGUCGCAAGAAGAUUUUCAAGAAGAAAGCCUCUGCUGCAACGCUGCAGGCUACCCCAGAUGUGGUCCAUACUCCCCCUGGUGGUCCUACUGGACCUUGUCCUCCCUACAGUGCUCCUGGACAACCUGGAGUGAUGUACUACAACGGCCCAGACCCUAGCAUGGCCACAACAGUUCAUCCUCCGCCUCCCGGCCCAGGACAGUGGAACGGCCCCCCGCCCUCUCCAGGUUUUAAUCCAGCCUACCCACCCCAGAACCCUGCCUACCCUCCUGCCAGUCCAGCUAUGAUGCACCCUGCCCAGCCUCCACAAUGGAAUGGCCCACCACCAGGGCAGUACCCCCCUGGACCUGCUGCUCCAAUGGGCUAUGCUCCAGCUCCGGUGAUGUAUAGUGCUGCUCCACCAGCAGAGGAGGUUAAGAUGGAGAAUAUGGCUCCCUCCCCUGCUGACCCCUUGCUGAGCGCCGCUCCACAGGCUGAAGCUGCAUCCUCUCCUGUGGCUCCUGUUCUCAGCACCUCUGACAGUGACUGCACGUUCAAGAUCGCGGGAGACAAAAGCUCCUCCUUCCUGUGAGGAUGCGACUCCUGGAGCAUCUUCGUCGCAGUCCUUCCUCACUUUGAUUGUUACAUCCGUGACCAGAUGCAGGUGGAAACAUGAGCAGCAUUUGGACAGUUGAUUCUAUUCUUUAUCUCCUUGCCACGAUUAGUAUUUAUUCCUCUAUCUAAAAGGUGGAAAUAAUGUGUUUUUAGGCUAGAUGAAAAAUUAUUUGUGGUAUAAAAUUUACCGGCUCAGGCAGCAUAGUUUUUGCAGCAGGAGUCAGAUAUUUGGGAUCAAAUGUCCCGAGGUAAGGAGACAAAGAACAGAGGUGUUUUUUUGAAGUGUUAGCAUGCGGAAUAGAAGUGUAACAACAUCUGAUGAGUAAAUCUUAAAAACAGGGCUGGCUUCAGUUCAUUUAAGAGAUGUCUUAGCCAAUGAUUGUGUUUUUCUAUCUACAUUUUCGCUGAUUCCAGCCCGGUUAUUUUUCUUUGAUUCCUUUCUGUUUCUGAUUUGCCAGAAAAGCUAAGCAAUCAAGAAAAGGGAUUUACUCAAAAAUUAGAAUCUAGGAGCAACAAAAGGAAACAAACCAGUCUGCCGGGAAAAACCACUGACUGAAAAUCAGUCAAUAGGAACAGCAAACAAAUGUCUUGAAUAAGAAAUGUUUCACUGACAAAUAAGUUGCCUUGAGGUGUGUUCAGACUAAACAUUAGGGUGACCAGACGAGAAAGGGGGAAAUUCGCAACAGAGGGGUUGACAAUGGGAGCGGCCUCAAGUACAUCAGCGUCAUUUAACAGUAAAAUACAUGAAAGUCAAACUGCAAGAAUGGAUUAGUUUUGUUCAUGAACUUCAACUGUCUGUCAUCCCGAAAAAGAAACGUAAUGACACAAUGGAUGAUAUGAAGCACAGUGUCCUGGCUGUGAACCAUUACACACAGGUGACGCGUACGUUUCAGUCAUUUAAAAUGUUUUUUUACAGAAUCACAGAGCUUACGAAGCAGCUUACGAAUGCAUUUCUUUUAAAUAUUUUUUAUCGGACAUCCCUCCCACAGAGGUGGCUGCACUUGCUGUCAUUUGGUAUAAAACAGAUAAUCCAUUUUAUCACUGAAAAAGAUAAAUGAAAACAAACUUGCUUGAAAAAUGAAAAUACUUGUUUUACUAAAGCCAACAGGACAUUUUUUUUAUCAAAGUUUUUUUUUUCUUCAGAUUUUUGGGAUUCAGAGAGUGAAAAAACUGGAUCUACUGUAAGUGAUGUAGACUGAUAAUUCAGUGACAGAGGCCUCUCAUUUGAAUUUAGAGUUUUCUAAAUUCUGGUGACAGCUGCAGCUUGUUUUGCAUAUCUCAUGUUUUUAAUUAAUAGUAAUAGUAUUAUGUUAUUAAGUGUCAAAUUAAGUCUCAAGUCAAGUUGAGUCUCACAGCACACAGACAGCUCUUGUCAUAUUAUCUGUUAUUAUGAUGGUUAAUCUCAGGACAAACAGAACAUGAUUUGGGACAUCUGCUCGUAAUUCGUGACUGUUGUGAAUUUUUCAGGAUGUCUGGUCACCGUUCAAUACAAUAAGAAACUAUUUGUCUUUUUUAGGUACAAUGAAUUUGGCAGAUAAAGUGUUUUUUUGCAGUCUGAUAUAAACAGCUAAAUGACCUGACUGGAGGUUUCUAGCUAGUUAACAGGCACUGACUAACGAUGUCUCAGAGUGAUUUUUAAACUGCAGCAGCUAACGCAUCCACCACCUUACCUCAGAUCUGUCCCUGUUGAUCUGUCCAUUAUAUUUCUCCUGGAGCUCCAGGAUUGCUGCCUACUUGCCUUUGACUCAGUGCUGCGAGACAUAUCACAACCUUCACAGUUACAAAUGUCUUACAGCAAGACUUUUUCGGCACCAGAUAAGUCUGGACACACCUCAAUGUCCUUAAUAUGUCAAGUGUUUCCUCCAAUGGUGCAUUUUCACAACUGACAAACCACAAUCCAACAAAAUCUAGGGUUUUUUGGGGCCUUGAGGUCCAGGACUCUGAAGGAACUACCUGUACUGCUUUGUGCAGUCGGUAAUCCAGCCUUAGCCCUGCGUCUGGAAUCAGAUUGGGGUCUCAAAUUUGGUGCUACCAGUUAGGCUCAGCGCGGUCGGGUCUGUGGGCCCAGACACACCAAACUGAUGUCAACAUAGACCAACUGUUGUGUGUCUUCACGUCAACUGUGUCUCAGCCAGAAAGUUGCACUUGAACACACCGCAAAAGCUACAGAAAAUGGCCAACUACCACAUAUGCUGACACAUAAACAUCUGUGCCUCUUCAUAGCUCAACAAUGUCGGUUUUGUAUCAGUCUAUUUUAUGAAUUUCUUUGUUAAAGUCAAAUCAGAGUCGCCACAGACCCCCUGAAUCUUCUGAUAGUAAUAACUCCACCUAAAUGACCUGGAUUUGAUGUGAAGUCUGUCUUUUGUAAAUGCUAACAACUAAACCGUAGGAAUGCUACCAGAAUAGCCUGCCUUUUAGCGGGGCGACCUCAUGCCUUCUUACGAUUACAGCAAAAAACAUAUCACUCAUUAUUCAUUCAGAGCCUGUGUCCAAGCCGCUAUCACCGAGCCACAGUCAAGCAGGAAGUAGCACCUUUCACAUGGAGCAAACCUGUUUGUCAAGACAGUGAAACUUUGUGUCUGUGAGUUAUUACCUUCUGUCAUAAACAUGUAGCUAUUCUCACAAAUGCUAAUAUAUAUAUAUAUAUAUAUCAAGUGCUGCCAAACACAUUUAUAGCUCUGUUGCUUUGUUAUUCUUCGAUGGCAUUUGCACUCAACAGUAGCCUUUUGAGUGUCACUGUGUCCGUCCUGAUAUCCAGGAUGGAAGUCUCAAGCCUUCUUGCUCAAACCUGGACAAAAAUUUAAGAGCCACAUCUUUGUUUUUGCUCCUAUUUUUCACAGGUUAAAGUUAAAGAUUUGUUAUGCGCUCAAUAGAUGCAGUUUUCUCAAAUUUCUCUUCUCUUCUCCUGGAAUUUUGUUGUGUGGUAAAACUGCACAUUAUAAAGUGGCAUUUUACUGUGACCAUCUCAAGGCACACCUGUUUCGUAAUGAUGCUGUUUAAUCAGCAUCUUUAUGUGCUACACCUGUCAGAAGGUGGAUGGGUUAUCUUGGAAAAGGUGAAAUGCGCUGUGACAGAAUUUUAAAAAAAUAUGCAUGCAACCAAGGUUUUAGAGAAAUACUGUAUGUCUUGUGUGCAUGAAAAGUCUUAGAACUUUAACCUGUGGGAAAAAAAUAGCAAAAAGUGCUGCGUUUAAAUUUUUGUUCAGUGAGAAACUUUCAACUGAAAACCACUAACAGGCCUUCAUUGAAAUGUAAAAAGCAUCAUUUGUUUGUGGAGGUGAGUAAAUAAAGUGAGCCUUCAUCUCCACAGGGUAUGCAGACUUGAUGUUGCUGAUCUUAGGUCGGCUGGAUUCAGUUUCUGUCCUGUGUGCGAUGUCUUGGCGACGUGGUUUUUGGAGUCAUAUGUUAAACUGGGACAAACAAGUUUUGAACAGCAAAACAAGGUCUGACUUUUUUACCUUUGUGUCCUAGAUCUGAUGUCCUCACAUGUAGCAAGGUGAGAUGAGCAGCGGUUCACAUAAUGUUUGAGUAUGUGAUUGUUUUUAUUGGGUUGUUUUUUUUAUGUAAAUGUAACCAAUGAUAUUCACAAAGUGUAUAUGUAGUUUAUUGUUAUGGGUGUUAUUUGUAGUUGGAGACACCAUCAGACUGGCUCAGUUUUUGUGAUAUGUUGGAGUCUGUCAGUUCCAUCCAUCACUAUGCCAAUGAACACUGGUUUCCUACCUCUCAUUUUAUAUCUAAAAUGUUAAAACAUACUACAAACUGUAUAUGGAAGAGCAACUAUGUGUCAAUGAAACUAAGCAUGUAUAUGGAA